UUUACCGUGAGCGAGAGUACAAAAUGAACACAACUCUUGGCAGAUGAAGACAUCCAUGUCAUCCAUGAUGAAGACAGCAUCAGUUUCCGGAACUGUAAGCACUGCCGCGUGCAGCCAGGGGGAAGGCUUUGACAGCUGCACCGAUCGCUCUCCGGUUGUUAUGGACGCCACACGUGUACCUGGUGCCACUGCCGACACCCGAGAAGGGGAGGAGUUAUGGAUCCGGAAACACCCGAGGUUUAGGGAAAUGAUGUCAUUGGACGUAGCAGACAGUGCUCAAGUAUAUGCAGCCUUUCUAGUAUAUAUGGAUCUUUUAGAAGCCAGAAACUGGUACAAUGUGCAGAUUUCCAGCUCUGCCGAUCUUCAUCUUAUCUAUCUACAUGGACAGGAGAAAGAUGACCACAAACCACAAGUCAUAAUACCGACUCCGGUUUCUACUUCACAUAGUCAUGAGAGAAUUCAGCAGUUUAUGAAACUGGGUUGCACAUCAGAAGAUGAUCAAACCACACGAUCUGAAUUAAAUAUUGUUUUAGCUAUUGUUGAAUCUGAUUCAACCGUAGUUUAUUACAAACUAAUGGAUGGAUUUGUGAUACCAGACCCACCUGAUUUAGAAGAUCUGAUGGGCCACAAACAGAAAAAAAAGAGAACGAAACUUCGUAGGUAGCAGGAUUCUUUGCCAUGUCAUUUUUGGACAUCACUGGUUUAUUUUCACCAACACAAUGACAAUGUUCUGGAAUUUGGUCUACCUUAUGUCAUCACACACACAUUCUUGAAGCUCUGUGUUUGUUAUCAUAAAUGGUGGGUGUAUUCCAUUAAACACAUUAAGGCAAGAGUGUCUGUUCUUUCAACAAACAAUAUGAGCAUAUGGAUGAGCACCACCAAUCCGAUACCAUGCACAAAUAGCGGUUUGCACUUUUCCGCUGUCAGAUGCAAUUUAAAAAAAUAAAUGCAUUCAACUUCCACUAA